AUGACCAGGCUGCUCUUGGGGGUGACCCUGGAAAGGAUUUGCAAGGCCGUGCUGCUGCUCUGCCUGCUCCACUUUGUCAUCAUCAUGAUCCUCUACUUCGACGUCUACGCGCAGCACCUGGACUUCUUCAGCCGCUUCAACAAAAGGAAUGCCUCGCGUGCGCACCCCUUCUCCAAUUCCUCCCGCCCCAACGGCACCGUCCCCAGCUACGGGCCAGCUGGCGCUGAGGCACCAUCCCCCAGUGCCAAGCCCAGUGUCAACCAGUCCACCACUGAGAAGCUCUGCCAGCCUGGCCAGGAGUGGUGGGUGACGGUGACCCUGACCAUGUCCCAUCCUGCGGGCAUCACCCUGCUCUCCCUCUUGCAGUCGAGCUCUCCCAUGAGCAUGGAGCGGGUGCAGCGGGAGAACCCUGACGUGCGCCAGGGUGGCAAGUACACCCCUCCGGACUGCCUGCCGCGGCAGAAGAUCCUGCGCCGGCAGAAGGUGGCUUACGGCAUCUACAUCAUUAACCAGUUUGGUGAGGACACCUUCAACCGGGCCAAGCUGCUCAACGUGGGGUUCCUGGAGGCACUCAAGGACGAUGAGGAGUAUGACUGCUUCAUCUUCAGCGAUGUGGACCUCAUCCCCAUGGACGACCGCAACCUCUAUCGCUGCUAUGAGCAGCCGCGGCACUUUGCCGUUGGCAUGGACAAGUUUGGGUUCAGGGGGGUGCUGCCCUACGCCGGCUACUUCGGUGGCGUCUCUGGGCUGAGCAAGUCCCAGUUCCUGAAGAUCAAUGGCUUUCCUAACGAGUACUGGGGCUGGGGAGGAGAGGACGAUGACAUCUUUAACCGCAUCUCCCUGAAUGGCAUGAAAGUGUCGAGGCCCGACAUCCGCAUCGGGAGGUACCGCAUGAUCAAGCACGAACGCGACAAACACAAUGAGCCCAACCCGCAGAGGUGA